GUAUUGUUAGUCCCGGGAACAGCCAACAAGAUACAGUGAUUGAAAUGGAUUUGAACAUCGUGGGCAGCCCCUUGGAAGAAAACAUCCUUCAAAAGGAUUUCAGGAUCUUAACAUCUCUAGGCUCUGGUGGAUUUGGGGAGGUGAAGCUUGCCUGCCACCUUCCUACACAUACACAUGUGGCUGUCAAGGUCCUGGAGAAGACAAAGAAUUCUCUGGCUGACAUCAACACUGAAGUAGAGAUACUUCAGUCUGUGGAACACAGAAACAUAGUUCAUUUCUUCCAUGCUAUUGACACAAGUUCAACCACUUUUGUGAUAAUGGAGUGUAUUGCAGGAAAAGACCUGGAAUACUUCCUCCGGGAGAGAGACUUUCUAACAGAGGAUGAGGUCAGACCAAUAUUCCAACAGGUGGUUUCAGGAGUUCAUUUUCUCCACCAAAAACGAAUUGCCCAUCGUGAUAUUAAAUUGGAAAAUAUCCUUAUUGACAGAGCUGGCCAUGUCAAGCUCUGUGACUUUGGUAUGGCCAGACAGCUGGCAGAGGGUCAGAUGUUGGAGGAAUUUCGUGGCACCUUGUUCUAUUUGGCUCCAGAGAUAUUGGCACGGAAACCCUACGAUGGCCUGGCAGGGGAUAUGUGGAGCUUGGGAGUCCUCCUAUAUGUCCUGGUCACAGGACAAUUUCCAUAUAAAGUACCCAAAGUGGAACAUAUGUACAAGGUCAUCACCACCACAAAAUAUCCCAUUCCCUAUUACUUGUCAAAACCCUGUCUAAUCAUCAUUGAACAAUUACUUAUGGUCCCCGCCCAAAACAGGAUAACAAUAGGUCAGCUCCAGGAGAGACAAUGGCUGGGCAACACUACAGAACAUGCAGCCCCUGCAAAUGAGGACAUCCUUCCCAGGGUCAUGGAGACCAUGUGCACCAUGGGAUAUAACUGUGAAGACAUUGUAUCAUUCUUAAUACACAGGCAACCAAGUAAUUUAAUGGCAACAUUCAAUAUCCUCAAAUACAAACUGAGCUGUGGGGACAGCCAUGAGCAGAAUCAGAAGCCCUGGUUAAAUGGCAGCCCUAUAGGUGCUCCUCGCCUCCUUCUCCCCUUGAAGAGGAGAGCCAGUGAACCAGCCUUCCCACCAAGUACAGGAGAAGGGAAGAGACAUUUACAUGAGGUAGGUGUGGAAGGAAGAGGCAGGAGAUGCCAGAGCUACAAAAUGCUCAACAGUUACUCAUGCCAGAAAAUAAAGCCCCGUGCUGAUAAAACUGUCCCAGAAGGAUAUGUCCUGAUGGCUAACGUCAUCAACAGUGCUACAAAACAUAUUGCAAUCAUCAUGAAAUCUGUGGACAGCCAGCCUGGUGAACUCUCCUCAGGUGAAUCAGCCCCGGAUGGAACACCCACCAGGUUUCUGAACAUGGACUUCUCCAGAGAGGAACCAUUCAUUGGACACAACAUGCCCAAUGGCCAGCCCCAAGAUAAAUCUACAUCCUUGGGAUCCAAGCCACUAAGAGAUUACACAGGGAUUCAGGCCUCACAAUGGAGUGGGCUUGGAGCAGGAAAACAGUGCUCUCAGUGCAUGGGAAAUUCUCUUCUUCGUCAGCUUCCAUCCCCUGAGUGA